CCCACUGCCAAGCCAGUCACGUGAGGCAUGCUCGUGUGUAGUCAUGUGACGGGGAGACAUCCGGGUGUCGGUGCGCGGUGUGUGAGAUUCCUCCCUCUGUGUGAUGCCCAGCUCAGCCAUGAAGAAAAAGGUGCUGUUGAUGGGGAAGAGCGGGUCCGGGAAGACCAGUAUGAGAUCCAUUAUCUUUGCAAAUUACAUCGCACGGGACACUCGUCGCCUGGGAGCCACAAUUGAUGUUGAACACUCUCAUGUGCGAUUCUUGGGUAACCUGGUGUUAAAUCUUUGGGAUUGCGGUGGUCAGGACACGUUCAUGGAGAAUUACUUCACCAGUCAGCGGGACAACAUAUUCCGCAACGUGGAAGUUCUCAUCUACGUUUUUGACGUUGAGAGCCGCGAGCUGGAGAAAGACAUGCAUUACUAUCAGUCCUGUUUAGAAGCCAUCUUGCAGAACUCUCCCGAUGCCAAAGUGUUUUGUCUGGUACACAAGAUGGAUUUGGUGCAGGAAGAUCAACGAGAUCUGAUAUUUAAGGAGCGAGAAGAGGAUUUGAGGCGUCUCUCCAGACCUUUGGAUUGUGCGUGUUUCAGGACCUCUAUUUGGGAUGAGACUCUAUACAAGGCCUGGUCCAGCAUCGUCUAUCAGCUCAUUCCCAAUGUGCAGCAGCUGGAAUCCAACCUGCGGAAUUUCGCUCAGAUCAUCGAGGCCGAUGAAGUACUGCUAUUCGAGAGAGCGACUUUUCUGGUAAUAUCGCACUACCAGUGUAAGGAACAGAGGGACAUUCAUAGGUUUGAGAAGAUUAGCAACAUUAUAAAACAGUUCAAAUUAAGUUGCAGUAAACUGGCGGCCUCUUUCCAGAGCAUGGAAGUCCGGAAUUCCAACUUUGCUGCUUUCAUAGAUAUCUUCACAUCCAACACCUAUGUCAUGGUUGUAAUGUCCGACCCCUCAAUUCCUUCAGCUGCAACUUUAAUAAAUAUACGAAAUGCAAGGAAACACUUUGAGAAGCUGGAACGCGUGGAUGGUCCUAAGCACAGCCUGCUCAUGCGUUGAGGUUUUACGCCGAGGUCACUAAUUCCAGGACAUUCUCGUUAUGGAGACGCCCACCUCAGCACCCCAUUUACAGUAUAAUUUUCUUGGUUUUUAAGAACGCCAGUGAGCUGCAGUGCACACGACUCCUAGUGCCCUGUGUACUUAUGUUCACCCCUGGUCUGUCUUCUGGUCCCCUCAUUCUCCUGGCUUCCAUGUAUGCAAAUGCUGCUGACUGGGGAAGCCAGCGGCAUGCUAGUGAUCUGACCACUAUGAAAGCGGUUUGUCCCUUCAUGUGCAUACAUGUGGUCAGUACUUUAAAGCUGAACUCCAGGCAGAUUUGACACAUUCCUGCAGCUAGGUAUUCAUUACUUAAAAUGCACCCAGGUGUAAGCAUUUGGCUUGGAGUCAGCCUCUUGCAGCCCCUGGCAGAGGGGGGGGUGCAUGAUCGGGAUCCAGUCAUGCUGAUAGGAGAAGACGCCAGAGGUAUGAUGUUUAUUAUGAUCCUGCUGUUCUUUCACUGUCCAGCCAGCAGGCUUGGGGUGGAGAGAGGAAGACGCCACUGUUUUCCUUCUGCUGUCUAUAACUGUAAUGGGUGCUGUUCUCUACCUGGCUGCUAAUCCUAGACCUGGAUGGACAAACAUACAAAUCCUUUGGCGGGUAAAGCUGCUCCUGCCUUUUGUUUGCUUGGAGUUCAGCUUUACCAGCCCCCUUCCUGAAGACAGACGGGGCUGUACCUGAUUACACGGGUCAUUGGGUGUGUUUUUACUUUUUAGAGAUUAGCGAGUCCCUGACCUUUAAUCACCCAGCACAGGCGACUUCCGCAUCACACCUGAGAGUCUCUGCGCUGCAAGUAAACACUCGGCUUGCACCCAAAAUGUCUUCUGUUGGAAGAUUGUGGUGUUACUUUGUGUUCAGAUUUCCUACCUUGACCGGACCAUCAUCCACAUCAUCCUUCUUCUUUUUUAGGGUAGUCCUGCUUUUGGAUCGGUUCUGACCUUUCUUUCUCUCUCUCUCUAUGGUUAUGUGAAUUCUUUGUAUUGGAUUUAAACAAGAAAAUGACGACUGACCUUUUAAACGACUUCUAAUUUUGUCCCUUUAUGUUUAUACAUUGCAUUUGGUCCUUCAUCUUAGUUGGGAUAAAAUUGAACUUUUUUGAUGCGAAAAGUAGACUGUACUAUUAUAUAAAAACACCUGCGUUUUAUGCUUCAGAAUAAAAUAUUUAUGCUUGUUAAA